AUGGCAGGUGGUGGAAAAAACGGCAAGGCCAAGGGAAAGAGGACAUCUUCGUCCGCACAACAGGGUCCAGUUCGCCAUCGGCGUAUCCAUCGUCUCCUGAGGAAGGGCAAGCACACCGAACGCGUUGGGUCCGGAGUACUGGUUUACCUGGCAGCCGUGCUCGAGGACUGCAGCAACGCGCUCCUACAACAAAAGACGAGGAUCAUCCCCGUCACUUAUAGUUGGCUGUUGUCUUCUUGCAGUUUGUCGUUAACCUCUAUAGUGUCGACAUGGCAGGUGGUGGAAAAAGUGGCAAAGCCAAUGGAAAGAGGACAUCUUCGUCCGCACAACAGGGGUCAGUUCGCCAUCGGUCGUAUCCAUCGUCUCCUGAGGAAGCAACUACACCGAACCGUUGGGUCCGGAGCCCUGGUUUACCUGGCAGCAAGGCUCGAGGGCCGCGCAACCGCUCGCAAACAAGACGAGGAUCAUCCUCGUCACUUAUAG